AUGGUACUUUCGACUGCAGAGACACUAUCCCAGGCACUCGCAGACGCGAUUCGUCGCACAAGAGAACCUCGGUCCGAUCGAUUUUUGCCGAAGGCGGACCUUGACCAGAUUCUUUGCCAUGAUUCACUCAUUGCCUUGUAUCAGAAGCUCUUUCGCAUAGUUGUACCGCAAAGAGAGCCUAAUGAUAUGUUGACGAGCAAUCCCUGGAUUGACAAUCCCAGCCACGACGUCAUAGGUUAUGCGCAGAAGACAGUCAAGAAUCCUUCUCGGAUUUCACUUCUUGCUCUCUUUUUGUUGGACCAGCGAGAAGAACUACUCUCGCUAUUCAAAGACUGGCUUUCUUCCGACGAUGCAAAAUUUCCGUCUGAUGAGGACCUGCCGCUGUCCGCGGAUGGACGAUGGCUCCCUGGUAUAGGUUUCCAUCAUUGGGAAUACAUAUUGGAGAAGCAAUGGAUAUUCCUACCAUUUACAAUUACGGAACAAUAUUAUGAGCGGGUACCUCGCAUGUGCCGGAAGCCCUUCAUCGGCAAUCCUAAAGAGAUCAAGCGCGGAGCUUCAGGCACAGUUUAUAAGGUCAAGGUUGCCGCAGGAUAUUGGAGAGAUAAAAAGAACGACGAGUAUCGAACUUUUUCGAUGGAUCAGUUGGUCGCUAUGAAAGUCUUUGAAGACGAUAAAGAUUAUGAAACUGAGCGAGACUUCCUGCAGGAGCUUAGGCAGAACGUAUCCAUCCAUAAGAGAAUUGUCCUGGAUCUGGGCGGCCUUAUCUACGAAGACAGCGAAGGCAAACUCUGUCAUUCCCUGUUUUUUGAACUGGCGAUAUGCAAUCUCGACGAGUUUUUAAACAAAGGGGAUAAUAGACGCUUUUACGCAAGCAAUGGUUCCGUCAUUGCUAAGGCUGUUGACAUAGUGGAGGCGCUGGACUUCUUGCAUAAGAAGGUCAGGUUUCUGCAUCUCGAUCUCAAGCCUGACAACAUCUUGAUCUACGAGAGCGCCGAACCAGGAAUUAACGAUGGCCGAAUAUGGAAACUUACCGACUUCAACUUGGCGAAAAGAAAAAUCAAAGUCAGAUCUAGCAGCCGAGAGCGACUUGAGUUGAGCAACUCGGAUUCUACUGCAUCCACAGUUCCGGCAGGACGAGGACCCGCGCUUUAUCAGGCACCAGAAAUUCAGGUUCCAGGCACUAGUCUAGCAAGCGAUGAAAGCGAAGUAUGGUCCAUGGGUGGUAUCCUGCUCGUAGUACUUGGCUUCCUAUACAAUCCGUAUAGUGGGGCGAAGCGCUUCCGAGACUCUGCGACAGUAACGUUCAAAGACCAAGGUGGCGAACGCCGCUCACUCUACGUAACUAGUAAAAUGCAUCAAUGG